ACAGUAUAGACACAGUAUAAACCUUGUUUUAAACAGGAAGUGCUGGUGAUAAAUCCUCCAUUGUGUUUGACUCAGCUUAAGCCAUGUCAUUAUAAUCUUUUUCAAACAGUCAAUUACAUGUUUAAUAAUCUGGUCAGCCUUAUGAAAUCAUUGUUCCCGUGCAUGACACACAAUCUAAACACCGGCAAGGUCACACAAUCUAAACACCGGCAAGGUCAACCGUGUUUACCAGUACAUCUUGUUAAGUAAUACGGGCCAUAUCUCUAAUGAGUCCUUACCAUUCUAAAGGUAAAAAUUAUCUUAUCAGUCACCCAGAAUGUCCCAUAUUUUGUGUAUCUUACAUUGCACCAUUGCACUUCAUAGAAAAAGGUGAUAUAUAAAAAGGAGAAAAUCAAUGUUUUAAUCACCCUCAGCUGUACCAAAACCACAGCACAAUAUCAUACAUUAAAAGGGAGGUAACUGAGAUGCUGACACAAUGUAUGGUAGGAGAGCUUUAUACCGCCUGCUGACCCAGUCCCCUCGGAGAUUUGUUCCAUCAUCCAGAUUUGUCCACACAGCAGUGCUGGGUACAAAGGAUGAAACAAGGACAAAAUAUGGUCACCCCAGGUCACAGAUAGCCAGACAAAUCCUAACUAGGUCAAUGGUCAGCUCGGAGGACAGAAACACCUUUAAGAAUGUCAAGCUACGGUCAGAUGAAACAAAGAAGGCGUCACUGGUCAUUUUUGACAAAGAUGGAACUCUCAUUGAAUUUCAAUCACUUUGGAUUCCCUGGACCAAAAAGCUGGUGGCUAGAAUUCAGGAAGCCACAGGUCUGUUUGGGAUCGAGGAAAAGAUUUGUGAUAUUCUCGGAUUUUGCCUCAAACAGCAGAGGGUAAUACCCGGCAUGUUAGCAGAGGCCACUACACCCCAGAUCAAGGUGGAAAUGACAAAGAUGUUGGUUAGUGAGGGGAUGAACGAAGAAGAGGCCAGAGAAAUUCUAGACAGAGUCUGGAUGGAGGGAAACGUCAGAAAUCCAGAAGAACUCAACAAAGUUGGGGAACUAGAAAUUCUCUUCAAAAUUCUACAGAAAAACAAUAUCAGGAUAGCUCUCAUCACAUCCGACAAUCGCAAGGGCACAGACGCACUACUGGAUGAGCUGGGUCUUACUGAGUACUUUGAGUAUGUGAUAUGUGGAGAUGAUCCUAACUCAGAGCCAAAGCCAUCGCCAUAUAAUGCUCUGAAGAUUUGCGAGAAAAUGGGGGUCAGCCCUGCGGAUACCGUCAUGGUGGGCGAUACCAAAACAGAUAUGCUUCUGGGAAAGUCUGCCAAGCUGGGUUGGAGUGUCGGCGUUCUGAGUGGGGUUGGGCAGACAAGUGAUUUAUUGCCCCAUGCUGACCAUGUAGUGGAGAAUAUUGAGGACAUAUUGCCAUUGAUAUUGCCCUUUGAAGAUUGGCAGAAUUCUUAUGCUUAUUCUCCAUAUGAAAGAUUCCUAGUGCAGCCUAAAGACCAUGAAUUUAGUUCUCCAGCUAAAAAUCCUUUGGUGGAUUUGGCAAUUUUUGACCUCCAUGGAACUCUGAUAUGUAUACACAGGAAAUAUCCCAAAUUUGUGGAGUUUUUAUGCUCUAGAUUGAAGAGCAAAACAGGAUUAGAGAUGUUGGCAAAGCUAACUAAGCUUCUUGGAUUAAAUGAGGAUUCAACACGAAUGAUGCAUGGAGUUCUGACAGAAGGGACACCCUCAGAGGCACGAGGAGUGGUUGUGGAGGCAUUACGGAGGGAAGGAAUUCUCUACCAGGAAGCCAUCAUGCUGGUCAACCAGAUUUGGAAAGAAGGAGAAUCUAUCCUGAAGUCUGAGCCUACACCACUGUGCUCCAAUAUUGAAGAAAUCUUCAAAGAACUCAAACAGAGUGGAGUAAAAAUUGCCAUCAACACAGGAGAGCCAAGAGAGUUUGUUGUGUUGGACCUGAUGAGUCUGGGUCUGACUAACUACAUCGACAUGCUGAUUUGUGGAGAUGAUCCUAUCUCACAGCCUCGUCCCUCUGGACACAACACGCUGUUGAUCUGCAAUGAGUUGAAUGCAAAUCCAUCAAAAACUGUUGUUAUUGGAGAUUCUGUGGGAGACCUUAAAAUGGGAGAAUCAGCGUUUGUGAUGAAGAGAAUUGGAGUUUUGUCAGGGAUUGGGACUGAGAAUGAGCUGAAACAACAUGCUGAUUGCCUUGUUCCUAGCAUAGAGGGCAUCACUGAAGUUAUCCUUGAAAGAGAAAAACAAGGACCUGAUGCUGGGGAGCAAAGUCCAAACAAAAGCAGAACAUUCACUAGAGGCGUCUCAUCUACAGCACCAGGCUCCCAUCAGCCUCACCGACACUUCAGUACAUCUAGUCCUCGCUUAGUGCACAUUGCUUCUAAUUCUGAGAAGUACGACUAUGUCAUUGUUGGAGCUGGUUCUGCAGGAUGCACACUGGCAAAUCGCCUCACUGCAGAUCCUAAUAAAAAGGUUCUCCUUCUGGAGGCAGGACCAAAAGACUUGUGGAACUGGGACUCCUGGAAGAUUUACAUGCCUGCUGCUUUGAUGUACAACCUCCAUGAUGAGAAAUACAACUGGUACUACCACACCGAGCCAGAGAAGAGCAUGAACAACCGCGUCAUGUACUGGCCUCGGGGCAGGGUUUGGGGUGGGUCCUCAUCCCUAAAUGCCAUGGUCUAUAUUCGAGGACAUGCUUUUGACUAUGACCGAUGGGAAAGGGAGGGAGCAACAGGCUGGUCCUAUGCUGAUUGUUUACCUUACUUCCGUAAAGCUCAGUGUCACCUCAAUGGAGCAAAUGACUACCGAGGUGGUGAAGGUCCUCUGCAUGUUCUGCAAGGAAGGUCAAAGAACCCUCUCUGCCAGGCUUUCUUUGAUGCAGGUGUACAAGCAGGUUAUCCAAUGACAGAAGACAUAAAUGGAUACCAGCAAGAAGGAUUUGGGUGGAUGGACAUGACCAUUCAUAAUGGCAAACGAUGCAGUGCUGCAGCAGCUUAUCUGCACCCAAUAAAAAGCAGAAUUAACUUAAAAACGCAAAACAAAGUCUUAGCAAGACGAAUAUUAUUUGAUGGUAAGAAAGCUGUGGGGAUAGAGUAUGAGAAAGACUCUGAAGUGACGAGAGUGUAUGGUGAGGAAAUCAUACUCAGCGGGGGAGCAGUAAACUCCCCACAGCUUCUCAUGCUUUCUGGGAUCGGCAAUGCUGACGAACUUCGCAAAUUUGACAUUCCAGUCGUCCAGCACCUGCCAGGAGUUGGUGAGAAUCUGCAGGACCAUGUGGAAGUACUUCUCCAACAAGAAUGCAAACAACCUAUCACACUUUACAAAGCCCAGUGGAAGUUUCCACAUGUGAUGAUUAAAAUAGGCAUGGAAUGGUUUCUCUGGCAGACGGGAGAUGGAGCAACCAAUCAUUUUGAAGCGGGAGCUUUUAUUCGCAGUGAGCCAGGCAUAGAACAUCCUAACAUUCAGUACCACUUCUUAGCAUCCAUGGUUCAUGAUCAUGGAAGGAGGUCUGGGGACCGACAUGCCUAUCAGGCACAUGUACAAAUUCUGAGACCAACCAGUAGAGGGUUCAUCCAGUUGAAGUCCCCUAACCCCAGGGAACAUCCAAGGAUUGUACCCAACUACUUAACAACUGAACAAGAUGUCAGGGAAAUGAGGGACUGCAUCAAAUUAACUAGGGAAAUUUUCCAACAGAAAGCAUUUGAUCCUUACAGAGGGCAAGAGUUGGCCCCUGGAAAGGGUGUUCAAUCAGAUAAAGAUAUCGAUGAAUUUAAUCGAAACAUGAGUGAAACUGCAUAUCAUCCCUCCUGCACGUGUAAAAUGGGUUCACAUUCUGACCCUAUGGCAGUUGUUGAUCCCAGCACAAAAGUUUACGGUCUGGAAGGAUUGUGGGUGGUUGAUGCUUCCAUCAUGCCUAGUGUAGUCAGUGGUAAUCUGAACGCUCCGACCAUUAUGAUUGCUGAGAAAGCUGCAGACACCAUUAUAGGAAAUCCACCACUUCCUCGAUCGGAUGCACCAGUGUAUAGACCCAAAACAAUCGAUACCCAGAGAUGACAUUACAAAGUCUCCCCUUACAAAACAGAUUACUGAUUCAAACUUCCAAUCAAAUAGCCACGGUAACAUCAUAACAAUCAGGAGAGACAGUCUACAUUAUCCAAGAUCAUCACUCCAUCUGAUUAUCUACACUGUGUAAACAAAUUUAUUUCUGUCUGUCAUUCAAUUACAUUGACACAUUUACAUGUAUAAGAUUGCCACAAAAAGGUUCACCAUGUGCUAAUAAAUUCUAUGUGAAUAAACUUGUACAAUCAACA